GCCCUCCACCACGGAGAUCCCAGCUGUCAGCUGCCUCCAGAGAAGAUGCAGCAGCGGGGCAGCCCUGGCGUGGGUGCGCGUGUGGCCACAGCCCUGGGAAUGCUGUGCUUCUGCUUUACAGGCGCAGUUGAGGUCCAGGUGCCUGAAGAGCCGGUGGUGGCCCUGGUGGGCACAGAUGCCACCCUGCGCUGCUCCUUCUCGCCCGAGCCCGACUUCAGCCUGGCGCAGCUCAACCUCAUCUGGCAGCUGACAGACACCAAACAGCUGGUGCACAGCUUCGCUGAGGGCCGCGACCAGGGCAGCGCCUAUGCCAACCGCACCACGCUCUUCCCAGACCUGCUGGCCAAGGGCAAUGCGUCCCUGAGGCUACAGGGCGUGCGCGUGGCGGAUGAGGGCAGCUUCACCUGCUUCGUGAGCAUCCGGGACUUCAGCAGUGCUGCGGUCAACCUGCAGGUGGCAGCCCCCUACUCGAAGCCCAGUAUGACUCUGGAGCCCAACAAGGACCUGCGGCCUGGAGACAUGGUGACCAUCACGUGCUCCAGCUACCAGGGCUACCCUGAGGCCAAGGUGUUGUGGCAGGACGCGCAGGGGGCGUCCUUGGCCAGCAACGUGGUCACGUCGCAGAUGGCCAACGAGCAGGGCCUGUUCGAUGUGCGCAGCGUGCUGAGGGCGGAGCUGGGCGCCUACGGCACCUACAGCUGCCUGGUGCGGAACCCGGUGCUGCAGCAGGACGCCCACGGCUCCGUGACCAUCACAGGGCCGCCCAUGAUAUUCCCCCCCGAGGCCCUGUGGGUGACUGUGGGGCUCUCCGUCUGUCUUGUCGCACUGCUGGUGGCCCUGGCCUUUGUGUGCUGGAGGAAGAUCAAGCAGAGCUGUGAGGAGGAGAAUGCAGGAGCUGAGGACCAGGAUGAAGAAGGGUCCAAGACAGCCCUGCGGCCCCUGAAACACUCGGAAAACAAAGACGAUGACGGACCAGAAAUCGCUUGACCGUGAGGACCAGGAAGCUGCUGCCCUAUGAGAGGCCUGCCCCUCGUCCUGUCCCGAGCCCCCAGUGCGCGCCCAGCCCUGGGAGCUCCCCUGUCCACCAACAGAGGGGUCCCACUCUGGCAGCUUCACCCCAUUUCCACAGGACAUGAUACAAAAGCGACCCCUGUUUCCACCCCUAUUUCUCCAAUGGACGUGGUUCUCAAGGGCCCUGAUGCCUUAUCCCUCUGGCGACAUGACACACAGACCAUUGCUGCCUUACUUCGUAUGGGCACCAUGACGCAGCAGCCUGCCACCUUCUUUGUCCAACCAAGAUGCUACCUGGGCCAUCUGGCUCCCUGUGCUCUCCAAAGGACACGCCAGUCAGUGGGGUGCUUUGCCUUGUUUCUCCAAAGACGUGUGUGGUCUGAGUCACCCUGUCCCUCUCAGCCUGCCCUCCCUGCCCUCCCCUUGCACCAUCUCUCGCUCCGACCUGCUCUUUGAGUCUGCGCACGGUUUCUUCCCGCCUCUUUCCUCUCCUCCCCAAUGGGCCUCUUUCCUCCUCUAAGGACCUGGAGACAGGUGUGCAGAGACACGCAGGUACCCGUGCUGGAACACAGAUGCGCCCCACCACCACCCCCGCCCCACAGCUGGGGAGCCCGGGCUGGGCCCGGUGAGCACCCUCUCCCCAGGAAGCAGGUCCAGCUUACACUGGUUCUCUGGAGCGCAUGAUGGAUCCUGGGGAGGGUCAGCUUCUGUCCCUCUAUCUGGCCAGCCGGUGGGCCUCAAAACAGCAUUGGUACCGUUCCUUUCCUGCCCACAUUCGAUUCCUCUGUCUUGAGCACCACGGCCUGGCAGCGCUGUGCGGGUGCUGGGUCCCCGAGAGAGAAGUGGGGAGCCCCACCCGCCAGGAGCUGGCCGCUGGCUGGAGACUCACAAGGAAACUGGCCAGGAGCUGAGCGCCCGCCUGGGGGACAGUCGGUGGGCGGGCGGUCAGUGACCCGUGGCACCCACCCCGGCUCCCUUCUGAGCCCGGUCCUGUAACCACAGCUUCUAGAUACCUCACCCCAGACCCCAGGGCCACCCCACUGACUGGAGCUGAGGUGCGGGACACACAGGUACCCCCCUCCCAUCCUACCAAGGUGCUAUUCUGGGGUGGGGCCAGCACCUGGCUUGCCUCCGGACAGCCUCCUGUUGAGAACAACUUAUGAUCUGAUGCCAUCCAUGCCAUGUCCCUCUCGGCAAUGGGGGACCUGGAGCUUUUUAAUUUAAAUGUGGGACUUCGAGGAUGGGUGGUGGUGGUGGUAAUAAAAGCCUUGAUACAAA